CACGCUCCUCCGAUGGUUUGAGGCCUUGAUACGACUGGAUCUGACCACCAUGAAGCAUCUUCGAUGCAUCCUGAGCCUCCUUCUCCUCCUCCUGCUCCUCGCGCAAGCCAAAGAUCUCACCUCUACCGCUGACGCCGGCACCACAGCGGUAGGUAACACACACGCACACCCGCCACACACAGGGACCACACAACGCAGAUCACGCCCAGAGAGAUCUCACAUGCUGGCGUGUUGGUGUGUGUUUCCUGGCAGGUAUCUGCCCAUCCGCCGCCGGAGAGCGGCACUCCGACAUCUGGCGAGAGAUCGGAGGCCUCGCCACAGCCGGCGGAGGCAGCGGAGGGGUCGGCGGGCCAGCAGGAGAACCACACACAGACACAGACGCCGACGGAGAGGAGGGAGGAGCCACCGGCAGAGGAAGCGGCGAAUGGUGCAUCGCCGCCACCAGCUGAGGCCACAGCCACCGACAGUGGCGACCAUGCAGCUGACGCACGAGGUGGUGGUGAUGGUGAUGGUGAGGCAUCGAAAGAAGAGCCCCCCACCGCCUCCCCUGCACCCACAGCAGCAGCAGCGUCACCACCAACAGCGGCGGCACAGCCACAUGGUGCAGAGGCGACAGACACGGACCAGGAUAAGCCGACAGAGGUAGGUGACAUAGCUACACGAAGAGAGUCCACACACAACACAGCACUCAUUGAUUGCCUACCAUACGAUUUGAUUUCGUCCAACCAUCCCAUCUGUCUGUCUGUCUGUCCGUCUGUCUGUAUGUGUGUCUGUGUCUGCCACCAGGCCGCAGCCAGUACGUCUGAUGUGCUGACUGCCGCCACACGCGGCGAGGAAGCAGCGACACCGAUAGAUGCCGAGUCUAGUGGCACCAACCAGCCAGAUGAGCCCCCCUCCCCCUCCCCCGCCUCCCCAUCUGAGGCACCACCACCACCAGAUGGCCACUCAGAUCAGCCGCCGACACACGAGCAGCAGCCAGUGGUAGAUCACGAGUCGAGGCGCCUUGAUGAGGAGAGGCCACCUGGUCAGCAACCCAGUGAGGCCCCGCAGCCAACGGCCCCAGUGGCAAAGGACCAGACCCCUUCGGAUGAGCCGCCCGCCGCCCCAACACGCGAGGACGUCGGCCACGAGCAGCAGCAAGAGGCGCCAUCAUCGCCCCCCACCCCUCCCCCUCCCCCUCCCUCGACCCCCGCACCAGCGCAACAGCAGCAGCAGAGGCAGCAACGACAGGUGACUCCCAGACCAACACCUGCUGCUGCACAACCGGGGUCAGAGGCCCCGACGAGGAGAGUUGACCGACCGACGCCCACCCCACCACCCCCACAACGGCGCGUGCAGGAGGCCUCAGAGCCCACAGGGGCUCCAGCGGUCUCAGAGGCCCCAGCGAGGCGAGUUGAGCCCACCCCACCACCCCCACCAGCCCCGCAGCCUCCUUCAGAGGCACAGGCACCCGAUUCUGCUGCGGUGCCGUCCGCUCCCUCUCCCUCCCCUGGCCAGCAGCAGCAGCAACAGCAGCGACGGCGGGGCUCUUUCUCGCAGCUGUACCACCGCCAGCAGGAGCAGCAGCAGGUCACACCACCGCCACCUCCGCCCCAACAGGAGCACCACCACCACCAGCAGCAAGUGACGCCGCCUCCCCCCGGCCCGUCACGCUCUCACAUGGAUGCACCACCGGUUGUCACGCCGCCCCCCGAAGCCGUCCAUACGGCAGCAGAUGACGCCCAUGACGUCCACGAUGCUCAUCCUCUUCAAGAAGAGGCAGAGGCAGAGUGGGACGAGCACGAGAUGCGCGAGAUGGAGGGCAUGCCCUUCUUCGACGACGACUACGAGGAUAACGUCUACGGCGAGGACUUCAUCGACAGUGACCAUCCUCACCACGAGCACCAGCACCAGCAUCAGCACGAGCCCCACGAGCCCGUCACCAAGCCGCCCACGUGCCGCGCGGGCGAUGGGGAGAGCUGCCAGGUGCAGCCGGACGGCAGCCCUCUUGUCGACUGGAACCAGGUGCAGCAGCAGCUGAUUGACCAGGAGCAGGAGGACCACCAGGGCAACGAUCCAGAGGCUCCUCCGAGCAAGAAGGAGAGAGAGGGGGAGGGCGGUGCUGCCAAGACAGAGACACAGCCACAGGCACAGCCGCAGAAAGAGGCAAAGGCGGUGGGUGCCGGCUUGUUGAAGAGGAUGGUUGGGUGGAUGGGUGUGGCGGCCCGAAGGACGACACACGGCAUACGGCGGCUGACGGGAGUGACAGGCAAGCUCCGUCGGCCCACGGACCCACCAGGUCUCUCUCCAUCGACAUGUUUCUCUGUGUGUCUGUCUGGUGUGCAGGUGGUUUGGGGCUGGUACCACUGAUGGAGUGGACGGCCAGCGGCGCUCAGCUAAUCAAGUCGGUGGCCCAGCAGCAGGAGGGGCCCACUCAGUAUGUCAUAUUCAUCGCGGCCGUCGCGAUGGUAAGCCAAUGGGACCCUCACACACACACACACACACACACACCCCUGGCUGCAUCUGUCUCCUUGUGUCUCGUGUGUGCAGGGCCUGUAUGCCUUUUGGUGCGGGUUCGUGUGGGUGUGGCCGCCCGAGAAGGACCAAACCGACUUCAAAUGUACCCCACCACACACAUGACACACACCACACCACCCCCGGCCGCCUCACCGCCUCCAUUACGUAUGUGUGUGUGCAGAUCGCGGCGGCCAAUACCACUUUGAGAUAAUGAGGGAGCUGCACGGCAUGCGAGAGUGAGCCAACCACACCCCACAGCCCAAAGACACAGCAGCAAGCAGACCAUUGUCCUUCCCUCCCUGUGUGUGCAGUGCCAUCAAGCGUGUGCAGCAGCAGCAGGACCAGCAGAAGCUCUCCGACCUCGACACGCGCACCCAGGCCAUGGCAGCCAAGCUCACCGCCCUCGAGAAGUCACUCACCAACACCGCGAUUGUCAGCUCAUCAGCAGCACCUUCAAGCAGGCCCCCAGCGCCCCCCUCGCCAGUGCCCUCAGCAGCAGAGAGGCCGCCCACAGUGCCCAUUAUCACAUCGCCGCCACCCUCUGAAGCGAGUAAGACAGAGAGGGGGGGAGGCUUUGUGCAGAGGGGUGUGGUUGAUGGCGUGGUGCUGGUGGUUUGGCUCGUGUGGGUGUGCUGUGUCUGCAGAUUUCUCUGUGCGUGGGGUGUCGCUGAGCGAGCGGCUGAUUCUGCGGACGAUCAAGGAGAACCUCAACGACCUGCACCAGCGGCACACCGACAUGAGCAACAUUCUCCUGGCCUCACACCAGUACGCUACGCCCAGCACCCCAGCCACUCACAUCACAGACACAGCACAGGUGUAUCUCUCUCUCUCUCUCUGCCAGGGAUCUCAUGCGAGCGGUCGCCUACCUGCUCCCGCCAGACCUCCGUGCCGAGCUCGUUCGGCGCAUCUCGCACCCCCGCCCCGAGAGGCCCCUGGCCAUCACGUCGCCCGAGCGCCGUCAGCGAGCCCCCCACACCAAGACAACCACCACCCCAGCCAAGCCGUACGACGUCCCGCUGCCUCCCAAUUUCGUCCCGCCCCCACCGCCUGCUGUGCCCGUCACACACACGCACACCCACAGCAGGAGUGAGGUUGACGGGUCGACCAAGAGUAGUGGUGGUGGUGGGCCGCCGGAGACCUCUGUGUGUGAGGGGGGAGAUGCGGAUGGCGCUGAUGGGGAGAAGGCGGCCUCGCCCCAGGUCAUGCACAACAACAACAACACCACGGCCGCGGCGAAUGCGGAGCGGUGGGAGGCCGAUGCCGAGGCCGGUGUCGAUGUGGACGUGGAUGUGGAGGGAGGUGGAGGGAGUGGGGGAGGGGGCGUGGCGACGGCAACCACCAGCAUGACCAACGUCGCCCCUACUGAGGAGGAGCCCGCCCCCCAGCCAACACCGUCUCCCGCAGGCUCACCCUCACCAGUCAAGAAGGAGACCGGCGACCUUUUCCCAGACAGCACGCCCUCCCAGGACCUCUUCCCAAUGAUUCCCAAUCAUUCUCCCGAGAACGAUUUUUUCACCUCCACCAACCAAGAGAUGGAGAUGGGCGGUGGGGGCGGGGCGUCGGUGACGCACCUCUCCUCCAACACCAUGAUGGACGAGGUGGGUGUGGGUGGGUUUGGAAUUGGCAGCAGGAGGGAGACCAUCAGCAGCACCAGUGGCAGCUAUGGUACUGCUGGUGCUGGGGGCGAGAUGGGCUACAUCGGCAUGGGUGUGGGUGUGGGUGUGGAGGGCGGCCUGGGCUUCCCCGCACAGAACACCCCACAGGCCUUCCAGCAGCAGCCGCCGCCGCCGCAGCCGCCAGGAUUUGCCGUGCAGUCCCCGGCUAAUGCCAAUCUCGUCAACGGCCCGGUGCACCCCCACCCCCACGCCCAUAUGACCCACCCGCACCCGCACCAUCCUCACGUCAAGAGAGGUGGCACUCCUUCGCACUUCUUUGACGAUCGCCAGCAGCAGCAGCAGCAGCAGCCGCCCAUCAUCGCGACCCCCACACACAACCACAGCCCGCACCCGCACCCCCAGGCCGGCUCUCUCCCCAACGGCAUCCCCACGACCCUGAGUGUGCCCGCUCACGCGGCACACGCGACCCUCAGCCCUUCUAGCAUGACCAGCCCACACACAGCAACACCGGCUGCAGCAGCAGCUGCUGCUUCUCCUGCAGUGGUGACACGAGGAGGAGGCAGGCCGACCCCUGUAGCCCCUGCAGCAACGAAGAACCCCUUCGGGGCACCUGGCAUGCAGGUUUCUCCUCCUCCAGGUGCCGGUGGUGGUGUGGGGGGUGCAGGCGGUGGUGGUGGUGGUGGUCGGGCGGUGCUGCCGCAUCUGCGUCCAAAUGCGAACGCGAUGUUGGCGGCACAGAUGCCGCCGCCAUUUGGUGGGGCUGGUGUUGGGCCUGGUGGUGGGACACAGCAGCAGCCGCUCAACCCCAAACAAAACCCAUUCGGUGAGUGAGUGACUAAGGCGAGAAAGAGACAGACAGCUUUGUAAUCUCUCUCUCUCUCUCUCUCUGUGUGUGUGUGUGUGUGUGUGCAUUGCAGCGCACCACCGAUGAGUCUCGGGGUCGAUAGACACCAGCGGAUGGAUGGGAGGCGCUAGCUGCAUUAGAUGUGGGGACCUUAGCUUGGCCAGGCCAGCGUAGCCUAGCGUAGCGUGAGUGGCUGCCAUUCAAUGCAUUGCCUGAGGGGGUGGUCAGGUGGGGUGAUAGCCCCCGCGUUUUAUACACAUCAUGAUUUCACCUUAUGAGUGAGUGACUAAUGCGUUAGUGUGCUUGCCUUGCCGUGUGCGGGCUGGGCUGCCAUGACGGGUCAUGCGGUUGAGGUGCGAUUGGUAGCCAGACGAACGACCAGGGAGGCAGCCGGCCGGGUAGGUACGUAGAUGGGCGGGGGGCUCAGCUUAUCGAUGCGCCUCGCCGACGAGAAGAUGAUCGGGCGAGGUGUAAUUCGUCAGCCAGCCAGCCAGCCAGUGGGAACCAAUGAGAGGCCCCUUUGUGUGCGCGGCGCGUGCAUUACAUAUGGAUUGGUUUGUGUGCGUCCCGUCCCGUCCGUGAGUGGUCGAGUGGAUGGUGGGACCGUGCUGUGAGUGUGUGUGUGUGUCCUUUAUCCAUCCAUCUCUUCAUCCACCUAUGACGUAAUGCCUGCCUUAAUGAGUGCGUGGUGCGUGGUGCGUGUUGUGUGCAUCCCCCCAUUCCUUCGACGAACUGGUGGGCCUGUGUGUGUUUGUGUUUGUGCGCGCGUGUGUGUUUGUCUACCGGUUUGUAUGGCCGUGAUGUGUGCUGUGGUGCGGUACGGUGCGUGAGGACGCGUUUCAAUGAAUGGCAUAUAUUGGCCGGUGCUGUGGAAUUCAAUCGGGUGAGGGCAUA